AUGUCGACAAAGGAAGACACGCCGGUCUCUCUCGCCUCGGCUGUCGCCACGCCGGCCUCUCUACCCGACGCAAAGACCAGCGCACUGCUGGAGGAGUUUGAUACCUUUUUCUCGCGAGGCAAGUACACCGAUCGCCUGCGGCACUUCAUCGAGCAAAAUGUCGACACGCUCGCACUCGUCGCUUUUGAGAGCGACGUGAACACCAACACAGAGGGUAGUCUGCAGCUGUAUCAGCUUUUUCAGAGGUACAUUGCUCUGAUCGAGGGCAUCAUCGAAGGCUUCAUGGCUACCACGGAGAAGUCGGAUGAGUCGAUACUGCGCUUCCUAGCAUCCACUAUUCGAGAAGAGUGA